AGUUUUCAAAGCUUGGACACACAUGAGUAAAAAGAAACUGUCAAAACGAAAUAUCAAAUAGAUAAAAAUACUGAGAUCAGAAACAACAAACUGUUUUUGUUUUUAAACUCGUAUUUUAUGAUCGAAUACAAAAAUUAUAAACAAUUUUUUAAAAUUAUUACUGAUUUUAUUUUUAUUUGGGAAAUUAUUAUUUCAUUCUAAGCGCGGGCGUAAACAAGUGAAAAAGAAUACAAAAAAAUAAUAAUAAAAAAGAAUAAGAAAAACCGUUAGUUUUUCUAAUAAGUUGUAGUGUCACAUUGAAAUUUAUAAAUAUCAUCGAGUGAGACGCAAAGAAAAGCUCAGUUUUAUUUUAAAUACUUACUUGAUUAUGACCCCGGAUGAUGGUUGAUAGAAAGAGUGGUUUGCAAGUGCAGCAGAUUUAAGAGGAGAAGACGAGAUUGUACACGUAUGUAUGUAAAUGCCUUCAAUCCCAAAUCAAUAAUUGCUUAAUUUACAAUUCAAAAUUGUCUUGUAAAGCAAAUAGUAAAUACAAUUGCAAAUACAAUAAUAUCUUCUCCUCUUCACUGUCGAUCCACCAACCAAAACACAUUGUCAGAUUUCACUUGUGCAACAAAUUCAGCAAAUGACCAGCUGCCAAUUGAUUUUAUGCGAAUGUAAAUCUUAAUGCGAAUGACCACCACCAACCAAACGUCAUCAUCAUCACCAUCACUUUUUCGCAAAAUUAUAAAAAAAAAUCAGUUGAGAAUUACCAAAAAAAGCAACAUCAUGUACUUUUAAAAUUAAAAUUUUGUACAAAAUAAAAAAAGAAACCAAACAAAAAAAGCAAAAGUGAAAUGAAAAUCAUAUUUAUUUUACAAAUCAAAAAACCAUUUUCCUAUAAUAACAACCAAAAACAACAACUACAAUACAAAUCGCACUCUCUACUCCUUCAACCAGCAAAAACAAUUUGAAAUCUUCUUAUUUAAAAAAAAAAAUAUUAUCGUGCUGCAUCAGAUCAACUGUAUGAAUUUUGUUGAAAUAGUUUGUGGUACUACAAAACACCACCAUUACCACGAUCAACAACAUCCACCAUGGCUUCCUACAAUGAUCUACAAUUUGAUUGGAAUAUUUUAUUUCAACAACAAGACUAUGAUCAAUGGUCGAAAACAGAUCUUCAAUUGGCUGCUGAAUUGGGUAAAACUUUACUGGAACGCAACAAAGAAUUGGAAACUCUUUUAAAAGAGCACAAACAUACUAUUGAGGAACAAGAACAGGAAAUUGUGUAUUUGAAAAAGCAUACUACGGCGUUGCGGGAAGUAAACGAUUCUCGUUUAAAGGUCUAUGAACAAUUGGAAGUCGGUAUACAAGAUUUGGAGCGUGCCAAUCAUCGUUUGCUCGUUGAAAAUACCGCCGAUAAAAAGCAUAUAAAAACGCUUGGUCACAAUAUCGAGACUUUGGAGUCACGCUGUGAAGAACUGACUAAACAAUUGGAAGAAUGUCGCCAAUCUUUAACCUUUGAGAGACGCAAAAAUGAACGUCUCUUGGCGGAGAAGAAUAAGGCGGGCUCUGAUGCCAAUGGCGUUAAAUUGAAACCCACUUUGAAUAAAGAUAAUGCCGAAUCACCUUCAGAUACUGUGCAAACCGGUUAUGAUGCCAACACUACCGCCCCCGAAAAUUGUAGUUUUGCUUUUGCCUCUCCUGCUUCUAGAAAUAAUGCCAAUUCAACGGGUAUUAGUGGUAUAGAAGGUGAUAGUUCGUUUGAUUUGAGCAUGGUUUGUGGUCAGGAGGGUAAUGAUGAAAUUAUUAAAUUGGUUAGUGAUUUGGAGACCACCAAAAGAGCAUUUAUGGCCGAGCAGCAAAGAUGUGGUGAAUUGGAAGAACAAUUGGUGGCGAUAAUUCAAGAAAAUCAAUCUUUACAAAGUCGUAUUGCUCAAACUAGUGCCACAGAGGAAAUGAAAUCCAUGCAUGAUGAAUUAUCUAUAUUAGAUGAAGUCAGACAAGGACAAAUGUGCAGUCGUUGUUUACGCUCUAUGGAUGAUCGCCUCACUGUUAAUGAUGAACAAUCCUCGUUGGCACCCACCGAGGAAUGUGAGGAAGAUGAAGAGCGUAGUCUGCUCGACUUAGAAGGCAAUCGUGAUGAUAAUGCCAGUGAACAUUCACAGGCUGCCUAUCGCAGCAGCAUGUCCAUUAAGGUUAUGCCACAGCAUCCCGAUUCUUUGGAUUUGAAUAUACCCGGUAGUCCUAAUCCCUAUCGUGAUUUGGUGGAGAAAUAUGAAGCCUUAUUGGAGGUGCAACGCUCAUCGAUUGCUCGCAAAAAUAAUCAUGUUGUUGCUGCUGGUGGUGGCGGCAUGUCUUUGGCCGAAGAAUUCCAGUCAUCUGGGGAAUUUGCUCAAACUCAAAAACUCAUGUUCCAGGCGGCCCAUAAUGAAAAUACCGGCAAUUGCAAUAAUUCCAGCAAUGGUGAUGCGGCCAGCAGCUGCAAUGGCAGCAUGAAUAACGACACCAAUAAUUCUAAUACCAAAAAUGAUAAAAAUCGUGGUCGCACUCCUACGGAAUUCUCGGAAGCGGAAACCUCUUCUUCGGGCUUUUCGGAUGAGACCAGCAACAAGGGCACCCAAACUGAUGAGAGACCCGGCUAUUUCCUUUGCUCGAUUGGUGAUGGUGAAGACUGUAAAUUUAGCAUUUAUGAUGAUGCCAGCCCCAUUGAUUCACGCUUCCGCAAUCGUCCCGAAUACCGCGAACUGUUCAAGGAAAUCUUUGCCGUUCUCAAGAAGGCCGCCGAAAAUAAAGAAGAGGGCGAUAAGCUGCCUUUGCUGGAUGAUACUCAUCCCAAUGGUGUUAAUGCUCAAAAAGUGCCACCUGUUACUCCUGCCAACGAAGAAUUGCCGGUUGAUUUCGCCGAUGAUGCUCAAAGUGUUAUCUCUUCGGCCGUAUCGGAACAGUCCUUUGCCAUGUCGGAGUGCAUUACCAAAUUAGAACGUAAAACAGCCAAAAAACAUAUAAUUGAAAAGAACCAAGAAAACAAGCCUCCCCUAGCGGCCUCCAUUGCUCAAUUGACUUCGCCCAGUGGCAAGCAAAUCAUUGAAAAUGGUCGUGUUUUGACUCCUUUGAAACGAGAACCUUUGGACUAUUUGGCCGUGGGUGUAGGCAUUAAGAAAAAGAAUCGUCGCAAGAAUCGCAACUUCUCUAGUGAUCGCUCUGAGUCUCCCUUGGCUUUACCCACACCACCACGCAUUUUUGUGGCCAGUGGCAAGAAACGCAAAGAAGUACGUCCCUAUGUAGAGUCACAAAUGGCUGCCACUCCCGAUCAAUACAAUACACCCGGAUCAUCACGGGGUUCUCGCAGUGGCUCCAAAUUCGAAUGGAAUGGUAAUUCAAUGAUCAUUUAUAAUCGUUCGGUCAGAGGUCGCAACUCCUCGGGUGAGGUAGAUGUAAGCAACAUUCCCUAUAGGCCCAGUACUGUAUCCCAAGAUUUGCACAAACUAAAGAAACUUGACUUGUCGUAUGCGGAAGUCUUAAGACGUGCCGAUGCCUGCAAACAACAUCAUCAUACUCAAUACCAACAACAGCAACAAAGACGAAGGAAUCAUCGUCACUGAAUUAACGAACAAAAAUAUAAAAAAAAAUCCCCCAGUGUAAUCAACAAAAAGAACAUAAGUAGUCUUCAUAAAUUUAAGUAGGUGUCUUCGUCUUUACUCCCCAAUAAGUGAUGACCACCCCCCAACACCCACCCUGAUCACUAAAGAUGACCCCCACUCUCUCAUUUGAUUGUUUAUAAUAAUAUUAAUAAAACUACCAAUAUUUGUAUAAUUUAAUAUUUAGAUGUAUACUCCCUCCUCCAAAAAGAAAGAACAAAAAAAAUCAGCCCCAAACCAAGCAACAAAAAAUAAGUAGUAAUAUUAAGAAUUAUUCAUCUGCCAUUGAAGCUGAAUCUCUCAGUUGUUUCCUUUUCUCCUUUAAACUUUAAACUCUUUUAACUCCUUUUUUUAUAAUAAUUUAACUUCUCCUGUUUAUGUAAUUAUUUUAAUUUUAAAUCAAUUUUUAUUUACAAUUUUAAAUUGUUUUUUCAUUUAGUAAAAAGCGUAGCUACGUUUAAAUUUAAAUUUAGUUUCUUUUCAAACAAAAAAAAUUAUAUUUUUUAAAAAAAUGUCCUUUUACUUUGAAAACUUGAACAAACCAAUAACAUUUAAUUUUAAGUGCAUAAUUUUUAACAGCAACAACUGUAACGCAAAGAGUUUUAUUUUUGAUAAUUGUGGGCUUAGCGCACAAUCCGCAUUAAUUUUAUUAAAAUUUCUUUUAAAAAAA